GUUUCUAUUCUUGUUUUAAAACGGUUUGUCCCGUGUGGCUUGGCCUUCUCUUCUUUCACCAUUCUCUUUGCUUUUUUGGUGUAUUCGCUUACUCUGCCUUGUUCUGGUGGAGGCGGUGGCGACCGAUGGGGAAUGUGUUCAUCAAGAAGCCCAGGAUCACGGAGGUGGAUAAAGCCAUCCUCUCGCUCAAGACCCAACGCCGCAAGCUCGCCCUGUACCAGCAGCAGCUAGAAACUGUGAUUGGAGCUGAGAAACAAGCAGCCAGGGAUUUGAUUCGGGAGAAGAGGAAAGACCGGGCAUUGCUUGCACUUAAGAAGAAGAAAGCACAAGAGGACCUCCUCAAACAAGUUGAUGGUUGGCUUAUAAACGUUGAACAACAAUUGGCAGAUGUUGAAUUGGCAAGCAAGCAGAAAGCUGUAUUUGAAAGCCUAAAGACGGGAAGCAAUGCCAUAAAAUCUAUACAAAGUGAAAUCAGUCUAGAGGACGUUCAAAAGCUUGUGGAUGAUUCUGCUGAGGCAAAGGCUUAUCAAGAUGAAAUAAACGCAAUAUUGGGACAGAGUUUGUCUCCUCAAGAUGAGGAAGAAGUUCUGGUUGAGUUUGAAAUUUUGGAAACUGAGAUAACCCUUCAAUCCAUACCUAUUCCUGCUCAUUCUGUACCAUCGGUGCCAGAUACUGAAAGACUACAGGCAGAAAUAGGUUCCCAAGUCAAGAGCUCAGAAGAUGAACUCGUCGAUCUUCCUGAUGUACCCACUGGUAACAUCUCAAAGCAAGCAGUGGUAAAACCAAAAGUUCUGGAGGAGCCACUCCCUGCAUGAUUCUCCAAUUGAAACAGACGUAUACUGCAGCGUGGCAAUCCCUGGACAUGUGAAAAAUCCCAAGUUAAUUUGUCAGUUCACUCUCAGAGCAAAGAUCCCCAUGAAUAUUAUCAACACAGUGAAACGAGACAGGUCAACAAUACCAUUUCUUUUAAUUCAUAGUGCCCUGGAAUCAGUAAGCUAUUGAACUGGUUUCCUGCUGUUGAAGAACAAGAAAAAAGCUCUAAAAACUAUACAGCAAUGUCUUCAAGGAAGUCAUUCUUCACUUGAGCAAAUGCUUGGGCCUAUGGCUGGAAAUGAGUCCAGUUUUAUAUUGUUCAAGCUUGUUUAUAAAAUAACCGAGUCUAAAAUGAACUAAA